AUGAAGAUCCACCUUCUGGCCUCAACGAGAAAAAAUUUGGUGUCAGACACCUUAGUACUCUACAAACCUCAGACUCCUCACCCAUUGAGCUAUGCAUAUAAGAAAAAUGAAGCGCAGACAGAUGCACAGGAUGCACAGGCUGUGGCUAAUGAGGAGGACUCAAAUGCGGGGAAAGAUUACUAUACUGCGCCGGAGGAUGCAAGUGAUGCUUCGCAGAAGACCCCUUGUACUCCAAAACCUCCACAAGAAGUUGAGGGAUCGUCUGGUGUAAAGAGAAAAAGUAGAGGAACAGGAAGAGGAGGAAGAGAUUCAAAGGUGAAAACUCUAUUUGUAUCCAGAUCGAAAGCUGCGUACAAACCACUCGAAACAGUGGAACAAGACCACUUCAAGGCAUUCCAGGAGUUAUUAUCGCGUGAAAGAAACAUCAACUUUUGCAUUGUCACUGGUCAUACUGUGAAGAAUCAAUUCUUCCUACAAAUUGCGAAGCCUACUGAGUGGGUUAACACGAUGCACAUGCAAGUCAUAAUGGCCAUGCUUUGGAGACGUAGAGGUGAAAUAUACUUGAAAGACAGGGUAGCAUUUGUAGACACCUUGUUCAUAUCCAUUAUCGGCAACUACUACAACGAUUUCAUAUCUGGAGACAAAAAUCAGUAUGACUGGGGGAAAACCAUUCAGGGCAUUGUAUUGGGAAAGCCUGCAAAGUGGGCUAAUCAGAGUCGGAGGCAAAUGUUUCUACGGUUUGUGGACGUUGUAUACGUCUCGAUGAACUGGGGGUCUGAGCAUUGGGUGGGCCUUGUAAUUGACUUUAAAAUGGGCAACAUAAAGAUUUUGGACUCAUUCAUCAGUCAUAAUGAUGAAGCGGCUGUGGAGCAGUAUAUGGCGCUCGUGUGUCAAAGUAUGCCAUUUAUAUUGAAGUGUUAUUUGGAUAGCAAAUUAACGAAAGGCCUACGCACCACCCCUUACACAUGGAGUCGUUUGGAGGGCAUAUAUCAGAACAAAAGAUCCGGUGACUGUGGCCCAUGUGCGGCCAAAUUCUUAGAGAUGCAUGCUGCAGGGCUUGGAGUGGAGGAUAUGGGUUUGAUAACGGACGAUGACGUUGACAGGUUAAGGGAGAAAUACGCCAUGGACUCAUACGAAGAGUUUGUUGGGAAUCCGGCUGUUGCCAACGCUUAG